UUCAUCUCCCUCUCCCUCUCUCUCCCUCACCCUGUGGGCCUGUGUGUCUCUGAAUCAGAACCAGUGUUACUCGAGGGUUGAGGGAGAGUGGACGCUGCCGUGCUGUCCAUACACGAUCCAUAGAUAGACUGUAUGGGAGGGGCGCCGAGAAUCUAAUACAUUUAGUGCUUAUGAAGUGUUCCCUAUUGUCCUAGCGGGGUUAGAAGAAUCCUCAUAAAAAAAAGGCCAGGUGUUGAUACGAGAAAGAAGCAAGAAAGAGAGAGAACAGGAAGAGAGACUGCUCCCACCACUGCUUCUACCGCCACGACUGCUGUUGCUAUUUCUUCGGGUACCAUGGCAAGCUUGUGUGUGAAGUGAGGUCCGUGUCCGUCCGCUGCCCCCAGAUUAUGUGCCGUGGGUGGAGAGAUCAGGUGGAGGACGGUGGUGGUGGUGGAGUGGCAGUCCCAGAGGUCCUUACUCAGCCACGGGAGCGAUGGGUCUGCUGGGUGCCCAUCCGCUACGUGGUGGUGGUGCUGGGUCUGCUGGGUUGCAUGCUGGACUAUCUCAUGAGAUUCGGCCUCAGCGUUGCUAUCAUCGCCAUGACCAACUCCACUCGCCCCGCCAGCCAGAACUUCACGCCCGACCACGCCUGUCCCGCGGCCAUCAAUGGAUCCGAUAGUUACCCAGUGGGCGCGGGUGACUUCGCGUGGACGGUGAAGGAGCAAGGGAUCAUCCUGGGCACCUUCUUCUGGGGCUACUUCUUCACCAAGACGAUAGGAGGACGCAUUAGCGAGCUGAUGGGUGCUCGGGAGACCAUGGCGGUCAGCAUCAUGGUGUCUGGCGUACUGUGCCUGCUGACACCCACCAUGGCCGCCAUCCACCCCCUGGCGCUUGCCACGCUGCGCUUCGCCAUGGGCAUCAUGCAGGGCCCCGCCUUUCCCUCGCUGUACUGCGUGCUGGCCAGGUGGGCGCCACCAGAGAAGCUGGCUACCAUGACCACUAUCGCCUUCUCAGGAAUGUCGCUUGGCAGCGUUAUAGCCAUGGGCAGCUCCCAGUGGGUGGUGAACCACCUGGGGUGGCAGUGGGUGUUCUGGGGGGCUGGAAUCCUCGGCCUCCUGUGGACACCCUUCUGGAUUUACUUCGUGCGCAACUCCCCAUGCAGCCACCCGCUCAUGUCCCGCCACGAGCAGGAGCUGCUGGCGCCGAACCUGGCCAUCAAGCCCAAGCGCAAUGUGCCGUGGAGUCGACUCCUGCGCUGCUGGAGGUUCUAUCCGGCCAUCCUGGCGGAGUUCGCCUCCUCGUGGGUCGCCAACCAGACCACCAACCAGGGCCCCUCCUUCCUCAAGGCACAGGUUGGCUUCAGCAUGGAGGAGGUGAGCUUUGUGCUGACCGUUGGACAGACCUGCUGCUGGGUGACUGCCUUCACUUUCGGCCUGCUGUCUGACUGGCUGGUGCAGGGCAUCCACCUCACGAAGGUCAAUGCACGGCGGGUCAUUCACCUCAUAGCUAUGGUGAUGGUGGUGGUGGGCCUGGGCAGUGUGGUGCUUGCUGGUUGUCACAAGUGGGUCGUCUCUGCCAUGAUGAUGGUCACCAUGAUGGGCAGCUCAGCCACCCUCUCCUCCUUCACGCUCACCCCCAUGGACAUCGCUCCAAACUAUGCAGGAACACUGUCAGGUAUGCUGGGUAUUGGCAACAUUGGAGGCUUUCUCGCACCAAUCAUAGCUGCUGAGAUUGUCACACAGACAGGGGGAUGGGAGGCGUCCAUGCUGGUGUGCGGCGCUGUUUAUUUCCUGGCCGGGGUGCUGUUCCUGGUCACCGUCACUGCCGAGGUGCAGGAGUGGAAUGACUAUGAGGAACUCCCAGACUCUGAUGACGUGGAAUGAUAUGUGUUGUGUGUUCAUGCAGGCUUUCAAGGGCCAAAGACACUCGAAAACCCCAACUGAGUGGAGAGAAGUGUUAUGCAGCUUACUGAGUACACGUUCACAGAUGAAAUGCCGGUUAGGCACAAUCAGGCAUAGCUUGUGUCAGUGGUUGUGGUGUUCAAUGUGUACGCGUGUUAGACUUUCCUUCAUAGCAGCUGUCAUACCUCAUCCCAUACACUACCUCAGUGACAGGCGUGGAGUGAUAUUUUUAAUUUAUUUAUAAUCGUCCACCAUCUCAUGUUCACAACCCCACACCUGUGAUGCCUGUUUGCAUGAUCUUCUACACUAACAAAAUAUUCUUAUCAGAAACUGUAUAUGCAUGAAGGUAUUCCAUAUUCAUGAGGCAUUAUAUAAUGGAGUUAACCAUUUAUGUUUUUAAUAAAUAUGUACUUUAAAA